CCUCUGCAAACCCAGAUCUAGGUUUUCUCUCAAGCUUCAUCUUCUUCCUCCUUUUCUCCUCCCUACUCAUCCUUCUUCUUUCUUCUUCUUAUUCUUUCUCUUUCUCUCUCUCUCUCUUCUCCUUUCUUCUUCCUUUCUCAAACCCAGAUCUGGGUUUUAGAAAAACUGCUCUCUUCUUCGGCUUUUAGCGGCUUCAAAAUGGUGAUUAAAGAUGCAAAUUCACUUUGAUUCUAGCUCUGAUCUUAAAACUAGGGCUCAUUGUUACGGGAAGGCAAUGGAUGUGGGUUCAACAAUGGUGUCAAAGAACAAUCACAACCAAAACCUUGGUGGUGCGACGCAAUCUCUUGCGCCGAUGGAGAAGGAGCAACAACUAGACAACCAACAGUCUAACUAUGAUGAUUCUUCUUAUCUUUAUGCCAUGUUUCUUGACCUCAAAGAACGGAUAUUAGAGACAGGACAAAAGAUUGAGAAAUUCUUGCAAGCAUUGUUUAACAACAACAUCGAUGAAGCAGAUCUGAAUGUUGAAACUGUGUCGUUGAGGACGAAAUUCGAAGAUUUGAACAUGAGGCUUCAAGAAUUUGAGAAGUAGUUCUAUCCAUCCGACCUUCAAAAUCUUGAUCCUUUGGUGUUGGAAAUGGAGAUUGGAAGAUCGCUAAGCAAAUUGGGGAAUGAUAAUCAAGAAGCCUUUCUCCAAGGGAUUCAACACUAUAAGAAGGAACUGAAAGAACUUGAUGUGAAGGCUUUGUCUAGUUUCGUGGAAUUAGAUGAUUUUCUCAAACCCAGAUUUGGGUCUGGGUUUCAAGCAUAGCACCUUAGUUUGCUAUCAAUCUAUCCCUGUGAAGAGGAAAAAGAUCCCUAACUUCCAAUCUCCAACUAAAUCUUCAGGUUGGUUUCGAAAUUAGGUUCUUAUAUGUAAAUUCCAUGUUUAGUUAUCUUAAACAUAAUCAUGUAAUCAAGUAUGAUUUUGCAU